AUGUUCAUUGGUGGCCUUAGUCAUGAAACAAAUGACGACGCGUUGCGAGUCUAUUUUACGCAAUGGGGACCUGUAGUGGAUGCAAUUGUUAUCCGCGAUCCAGCUACAAAACAGUCGCGUGGAUUCGGAUUUGUUACGUUUGCUACAAUUGCCAGUUUGGAAGCGGCCAUGAUGGAUAGACCGCAUGUUAUUGCUGGAAAAACGGUAGAUUCAAAACGGGCUAUUCCUCGUGAGCAGAUGACCCCAAUGUUCCCUCCACCGUUUUUUGCAUGUGAGCAAGCACCAGGAUGCAAGCUUUUGCUGUCAGGCCUUAAUUGGGACUAUCACCGUGUAGACACACUCCGUGUGUAUUUUGAAAAGUUCGGGUCACUAGAUCAGGUAGAAAUCUUGGGUGACCAUCGUGGUUUUGGUUUCGUUGUUUUUGAAGAUAAGCAGAGCGCGGACAAAUGUCUGAAUGAGAACAAUGGAAGGCAUAUUAUAGCUUCAAAAAGAGUCGAUGUUAGGGUAGGUGUUUUUACUUUUCUGAUAGAUCGCUUUCUGACUCUGCUUUGA